AGCUUCCUAUCUAUUCCGGAAGGGCAGUUGACUGGUUUUGGUGGUCGGACCUGCUACGUUCGAUGGUUCAUGACCAACGAAUCGCACCUGGAGAAAAGCUAGCUAUCUUAAAGAGCAGACUACGAGGAGAUCAACUCGAAAUCGUGCAGGGUCUUGGCGGAGGGGAAUCUGCCUAUAAGGCCGCUCUAUCCCGGCUCAAGCAGUCGGCUGGACGUCGCGACGUGAUGCGAAUAGCACUGCUCGGUGAACUCGAUCGCAUGGAGCUGGGCAGAGAAAAUUCAUCAUUCCGUCGCUUUGCUGAAAGAGCUCGAACCAUCUUCUUCGAUCUAACCCGAAUUGGGGAGAAAUUUAAUGCUGACCUCAUCGAACGACUGAGCCGUAAACUGCAUCCGGCGGAUCGACUUGAGUGGAAUUCUGGACGACGGACUGGAAUAGAACGGCGCCCCCUAAAGGAGUUUGGAGAGUGGAUGUGCGAAAGAGCUGCAGCAUAUCAAAAUGCCUACAGUCUAGCAGCAGAGCAAUUUUUGCCGUCUGGAGAGAACAAGUUGCCUCGCCGCCAACCAUUUCCAACAACAGGGCGCGCCAAUCACAUUAGCCUGGAGCCUGGCACUACAGACAAACCGAAGAGUCGCUGCUAUUGCUGUGAGGGGGAGCACCGGUUGAUGGCCUGCCCAACAUUCAAAGAAAUGCCUACUAUAGAAAAGGUACGGUUCUGCGUCAAGCGCCGCUUAUGCAUGAAAUGUUUCGGGACGAGACACUCUGCAGCCGAUUGCAAAUUCGGAAAGGGCUGUGGAGUCAAUGGAUGUCAUUAUAUCCAUCAUCCAUUGCUUCAUGAUCCUGGAGAGAAACACGCCAAGGGCAACAGCCAUCAUACAUCACUUUCAGCCCAGGUAGAUCGAGUCAAGGUGGCGCUAGGCGUUAUCCGGAUGGAAGCUUACACAGCGGAAGGCCAACUCAUUCCAGUAUCAGUGCUGAUAGACGAGGGCAGCGAUACGACGCUGUUUCGAGAGGACUUUCUCCAACGGCUCAAGAUCACCGGAAAAGGUACUACCCUAGAUCUCGUAGGAGUUACCGGCGCAGAACGCUACAAGUCGCAGAAGGCCCCGGUUCGAUUUCUUUUACCGGACGGGGAGGAGGCCAUCAUCAAAGGAAAGACGAUCCCGCAGAUAUCUAGACCGACUCCGGUAAUCGAUUGGAGAAAAUUGAAAAACCAAUGGCCACACUUAGCCGACGUCCCAGUGCAAGAGAGUGGCGGAAAGAUUGACGUCUUAGUGGGACUCGACCACUCAAAUCUACUUGCAGUAUUAGAAUCACGCGUCGGAGGUGAAUAUGAACCUUUCGCAUCUCGCACUAGACUCGGCUGGAUCGUCCGCGGCCUACUUGGGAGUGACAUCGGUCCGAUGACAACGGCCUACAUCCAUCAUCUCACAGCGACAUCCGAGUCCUCGCUCGAUACAGAGUUCAAGAAAUUUUGCACAACUGAAAAUUUCGGUACUGAAUUUAAAGGAGAUGGCCUCUCAGAAUCGGACAGAAUCGCCGAAAAGAUCGUUGAUGAAGGCCUAAAGAAACUCGACAUUGGGUAUGAAACCCCACUCACGUGGCUCGAAGGAGAGCCAACAUUUGAAAAUAACAGAAAACUAGCUGAGCAUCGUUUGCAAGACCUGCGGGAACGAUUCAAGAGAGAUCCAGAUUUGGAGACUGAUUACAGAGCCGCGAUCAAGAAAUACGUCGACGAAGGCUAUGCAUCGCGUGUAGAAGAGGAAGACUUAUACUCGAACAACCAGUACUACUUGCCACAUCACGGUGUCUACAAAAAGGUGUAUGGUAAAAAGAAAAAGAAGCUUCGAGUCGUCUUCGACGCCGCUGCAAAAUGGAAGAAGAAAUGCCUCAACGACGGAAUGCGACAGGGUCGAAAACUGCAAAACGACCUAGCCAAGGUCCUCAUUCGAUUCCAGCUGGGGGAGAUUGCCUUUGCAGCAGACGUGACUGCAAUGUACAGCAGGAUUCGACUUCGACCACAAGACGCUCGCUUUCAUCGAUUUCUCUGGCAAGAUCAAGAUUCUGACGUCAUUAUUACGUACCAAAUGGAUCGCUUGCCAUUUGGAUCAAACUGUGCCCCAUUUCUCGCCCUAAAAGCCGUUAACAGAGCCGCUUCAGACGCUACUAGAGGGAGAGAAGAAUGCAUGGAGGCAGUGGAGAAAAAUAUGUAUAUGGACGACCUAUUAAAAGCAGUCGACAACGAAGGAGAAGCAAUUACGAAAGCAAAACUCAUCCGCGAUGGACUAGCAGAAGGCGACUUUCAUCUGACAAAUUGGAUCUCGAACUCUCCGGAAUUCAUCAAAGCGUUGCAACCAGAGCCGGCAGCAGCAGCAGCACAUCGCGAUUUAGCGUCGGAUGACAUCGAGAAGCUACUGGGAGCCUUCUACGAGCCAACGACAGACGAGAUGACGUACCGGGUGAUUGGAAUUGAAGAUCUUAAAUGGACGCGCGCUGGAUUGCUGAGCAAGGUGGCGAGUAUCUACGACCCCCUAGGCCGAGCAGCACCAGCACUGGUAAAAGCAAAAAUUAAAUUGCGGGAACUAGGUACCAGAGGACUAAACUGGAACGAAGCCAUCAGCGGUGAUGACAAGGAGUGGUGGCAAACCUGGUUCAAGACGCUGGAAAAACUCAAUGACUUUUCGAUGCCACGGAAUCUGCAACCGGACAAAGAAAAAAUCAUCCAGAGCGACCUUCUAACCUUUGGAGAUGCAUCUGAAGAGGCCUAUGCAGCAGCCGUAUAUCUACGCAGUGUCUAUGAGGAUGGCACAUCAAAGUGCAGAUUGGUGAUGGCCAAAACCAAACUGGCCCCUCGGCAGACACAGUCAAUUCCAAAGUUGGAGCUGAACGCAGCAGUUCUCGGCGCUCGACUGGCCACAUACGUCGCAGACGCGCUACAAAUCUCUGGACUCAAAAGAAUUUUCUUCACUGAUUCCAGCACUACCAGGAACUGGAUACGAGCCGUCGCGUCACACUACAUGCCGUUCGUCAGCCAUAGAAUCGGAGAGAUUCAGUCUCUCACCGAUGCUAACGAGUGGCGUUUUAUCCCCGGGAAACUGAACAUAGCAGAUGCUGCGACGCGGUCCCUAUUGACAGACGGAGAGCCGAUUCCACCAAGAUGGCUGGAAGGACCAUCUUUCAUCGCUUUACCAAUUGAGCAAUGGCCGAAGGAUCUGCCUUGGGUGGCAGUAGCAGCAGAGAAAAGGACUGCCCACAUCCACCACGCAAUUUCUGAGCUCUCCUUUCAUGAUUGGAGAAAAGUAGUCAUCGACUCGAAGAACAUCUCAACAUUCUUGAAGGUAGAAGGAGAUGCCAAGGAGACUAUAUUAAAGUGCCAAAAGGAAGCAUUCCGUGAAGAAAUCAGUCUACUAUCAAAGGGCAAGCAAAUCCCAAAAAGGUCAAGCCUCAUUCAAUUAACUCCUUUCUUAGACAAAGACGGAAUGCUCCGAUUGGGUGGACGGAUCCACCGCGCAAAGCUACCAUAUGAGGUUUUGCACCCUCCAAUUUUGCCUGGGAAACACCCACUUGCAGAAAAGCUGGUGACAGCAGUGCAUCAGGAGUCACAUCACGCAGGCACUGACUUUCUCCAUGCCAAAAUUAGACAGCACCUUUGGAUCCUGCAAGGACGAGAGCUGGCAAAGAAGAUCCGUUUCAACUGUGCCACCUGUGUGAAAACGCGUGCCAAACUCGCCACACAAAAGAUGGGUGAUUUGCCAUCUGCUCGUCUCGACUCCUACACUGCGCCAUUCACACACAUAGCUCUGGAUUACUUCGGUCCGCUCGAAACGUCAGCUUACAGGAACCGAGUAACCAAACGGUAUGGCCUGUUAAUCACCUGUCUCGUCACUCGCAAUGUUUAUUUAGAAAUGGUGUUGUCAAUGUCAACACCGGAUUUUCUCUACGGUCUACGACGUUUCAUCGGAGAAUUCACGAAGCCAACCGAAAUCUUCUGUGAUAACGGGACAAACUUCGUGGGAGCUGAGAAGGAGCUGGCCACAGCGUUUCGUGAGUUGCAAAAGGACGAAAAGUUGAAGGCGUUUGCGCGAGAGCGCUCAAUCAUUUGGAAAUUCCAGCCACCUAGUGCUCCACAUUUCGGUGGAUCACACGAAUCGAUGGUAAAAUCAACAAAGAGGGCACUUUAUCGGGCGCUGGAUACGGAAAAAGCUGGACUGCGCUACCCGACGGACGAGAUGCUUAGAACGCUACUGAAGGAAGUGGCGGGCAUGUUGAACGGGAGACCUCUAACGCUGGCCAGCAAUGACCCAGAAGACUUCAGACCGAUUACACCAAAGGAUUUCUUGAACCUGCCACCAACGUCGGACCUUCCGGCCGGAGACAUUCGCCGCGCUCUGCCCCGCGACCAUAUUCGUUACGUAAAGAAGAUGGCCAAUUUAUUCUGGGAUUUAUGGACCAAGAUCUUCCUCCCCACGCUGGUUCCAAGAAGGAAGUGGGUCGCGGAAGAAAGGAAUUUUGAAGUUGGAGAUUCAAUCAUGCUAUCGGACAACAAUUUGCUGCCAAAUCAGUGGAAGACGGGCCGAAUCAUCGAAGUGUAUCCUGGUUCCGACGGUUUUGUUCGAGUCGUCAAAGUGAAAACGGACUGCAGAGAAUAUCUGAGACCAAUCCAUCGGCUAGUGCUACUGGAACCUUACUCGGCCGUCCUUCCGUCGGCCUCGGGGGAGAAUGUUCCAGAGAAAAGGAAUGUUUAAUUUUAAAUGUAUAUUUGAUUUAUGUUUCCCCAUGUUAGUUGUAUUAUAUGUCCCCAUGUAAGUAUCGAUUAAUUUCGUAGGCCGCCAGGUGGGCCACUCGUCAUAAGUAGUAGAGAACAGCUGAUGUCACAAUUUAAGUAUUUGGUCAGACAGAAAGCAGCCAUUAGUCAUUUUUAGGAUUCUUAUAGCUAUCGACGACUCGUUUUUAUUCUGUAUUGGUGCGAAUUCUCACCUUGUGAUUUCCUGUUCUUCAUUUUAGCCUUUGAGAUUAGGCCCUAGAAUUGAUUUUUUACGUCUAUGAUUGCCUUAUUGACCGGCUCCAAAUUGUGGAUGCUAGGCAAUUUGUGCUUUGGCUGUAUUAAGUUCCAUUGCUUGCACGUGCUUGCAAACUGAUAAAUAAAUUUUGAGCUUUUGAGAAGCAAUCGUUCGGCCUACUCCCACCCUCCACUAUUUCAUUCUCUCGCUGAAACAGUUCGUGUCCAAUUUUUU